AGUCUGUAACCUGAAGCAUAUGUAACCUGAAGCGUAUGUAACCCGAGGUACCACUGUACUUCGGUUUGCUCACUCUUCUCAGUCCGAGAGCCCCAUUUGGAAUCCCCUCCGAGGGUUGCAUGCCAGUGGUGGGCAUAGUGAAAGUGAGCACAGCCAAUGCGCCCACUCUCCGACAUGGAAGGCGGCUGACAAAUUAGGCGAAGGGAAGGUCGUCUGGCAAACACACUCACACUGCAGGGGUCGGAGAUCUUUGUUGCUAAGAUAUGUUAGGACCUGACUCCUUACUAAGAUACAUUAUUUGUCUAUAGUGAAUAGGUUUAUUAACAGAACCAUGUUACCAUGUUGGCAGAGAUGAACUGAAAGCAGGCAAACCAUCUUAUCCAGUUCUCUGCCAUAUUUGCGCUGGUAUGGCAGAAGUGAGGACAGAGUGGCAUUUUCCCUCCUGCGGCUAUUUCUGGUUUUUAUUUUUGCAGCCAAUUUCCCUCUCGUUAUUUCCAGUGGAAGAGAAACUGCAUGUACACAGGGCUGGCAUAUAUUUUCCCCAUUUCAGAAGCAUGUCAGGGGACAGAGAAUGCUAUGGAUCCAUUCAUUGGCAACAUGCCAUCACCAGACUGCCCUCAGCAUGCACCCUCUUUGCGUCUACAAACACUGGAGCUUGUAGUGUUGGAAGGCAAGGACUAGAAUUUUCCAUGACAGCAGUGUGGGAACUCUCACAACAGACCUCUCACUUUACCCUCAGAGAAGGAUCAGUGGUCUCUGGGAUGUCCUCCCAGGACUUCCCUGGGACUGCUUUAUCCUGUGAGAUCAGCAGAGAGACCUUCAAAUAUUUUCUGCUUCUCUUGGUUUAUUCAAUUCAUACCUGAGCAGGGGAAACAGGCCAAAAAAUCCAACAGAUACCAACAGAUAAAGCAGACAGCUGGAUACAGUAAUUCUUUAAGGAAGCAAUGAAUAUCUACCGAUAUGAAACUUCAGUAGGGCAUUAUAUUCUAUUUACUGCAAGAACUGGUAUACAUUUAGUGUAUGAAGGAGCUUCAUUUGUUGAAUGGGAAUAUUCCGUAUUAUGUACUAUUGAUGAUAAAAGUUCACGUACCCCAGAAUUGAAUUGUCCAGUUGCUGGAACUCAUAUGGUUAAACCAAAGAUUCGGGGGUCUCUGACAUUUCAGGAUAGGGAACGCUACUUAACUAUAAAUGCUGAUUUAGAUUGUUUCUUGUGGUAUGUGUAUACUUCCUUCACAAGAUCAUCAAUACAUAGCGCUCAUGUGACUCUGGUUGUAUGGAUUUAUGACCCAGAAAAUGCUGAUAGUAAAGAAAUGAGCCAUACUGCGAAAGGACCACCAGAACAUUCUAAGACACUUUCCAGACAGUUCUUGAAUUUGGGACAAUCACCUUCAGUUAAGAUGCUUCACGUCAGUGAAGACAGCAGAGAAUUGGAAGAAUCAGAAUAUUCAGCUGACGGAUACUGGGAGAUUGACGUGCCUAGCAUUUCAAAUUACAUCAUUGGAGUAGUCAUUGGAAAACCAGUUACUUUUCAGGGUUGUUUUGUUGCCCGGACUCCUUUUACCAUGGCAAAAUCAGAAAUUCCUCCAGUCAACGUACAUGAUGUCUCUAUCUCGACUCCAGCUGGUAGUGAGCUCAUGAUAACUUGGUCAGCAUGUCAUACAACUAAAGCAGUUGUGGUGACAAAUUAUGGAGCUUUCCUAACACAUGAUGAGUUCAGACAUACAAAAAAAAUCACAUUUCCCUCCACUGUAUUAGAUCCAGCUGUAGCUCAGAAAGUAAAUGAUGUAGCCAUAGUACAGGUACACAUUGUAUUUUUAAUAGACAGUUCUGCUUAUUUUAUAAACAAUGACAAGAUGUUCAGAGUUGGAAAACAACAUAAACUUCCAGAACGUGGAAUUCUUGGGAUAAAAGAAAGAAUCUGGUGUCUAAGGAACUAUCCAGUUCAAGUGCUGGCAUCAGAUUUAAGUGAAGCAAUCCUAUGGACAAAAACAGAAAUAUUCCUCAUGUACCCAUCAAGAAAUAUAACUGAUAUGUUUGCUCUAGUCAUGGAAGUAGAUGUCUUAAAGAGUCUGACAGGAUUCAAAGACCACGUUACUUUAGCUGUAAUAAGUGCUUGCUAUGAUUCAGUCCCUUCUGAAAUUUCAGUCUUACUGGCUUGUACUGGAUGCAAAACCUCCACACAAUUAUAUGUGGCAGGAUUUAAUGAAGACGAGGGCCACUGGUUCUUGAGAGAUCUUUCCCUGCCUGCACCUACAAGUGACCCUCUGCACAUGGAAGUUGUGUUUGGAGCAUCAUCAUCUAUGCUGCUGUGGUACAGUGACAAGAUUAUUUAUUCUUACAAAGGAAGCAAAUUCACCGGAUAUAUUAAAGACACUGAGACAGGCGCGGAAUUAUCAGCAACAGCAUUAGGAACAGUUAUUCAUCAAGUUGUUAUUGGCAGUGCUGGAAACACUGUGAUUAAAAUGAAAAACAAUGACAUGUUUUUCUUAAAGUUUAAUAUGAAAGAUGUUCUAAAGCUCAGUGCUUGGGAAACUGAAGCCAAAGACUUUGCCAUAUAUGUGAAUGGGCAUGGUGACUUCUAUUUGCUCAUAAACAAUGGUACUCAUAUAUAUUACAAGGCUUAUCCACUGAAAACUGAAGUACUUAGUGCCACAAAUCCUUUAGGAGAGGUCUGUCCAUAUAUAUCAUUUCAGCACAAUAUGGAAGCAGAUACUUACUAUCUGGAUAUGGGAACAAAUAUGACCUUUUGGGCCCAGAUUGUCUUUCUGGAAAAUGUGGGAUUGUCCACAGAAGUUACAAUCUACAGGUCACACUUGCUGAAGCAAAAUAACUCUAUUCAAUAUGAAAUAGCACGUGGAAUUUGUACUAAGAAUCAGACUGUAACACUUUAUCAUGACCAUGAUUAUUCAACCGAGGGAGAGUAUGAAGAUGGAAUAAUUAGUUCAACGGGUAUUAUGACAAUUGAAGUGGAACCUUCCCUCACUGGAAGAACAUGUAUGACUCCCAACAAGGUAGCGCACAUAAAUGUUGGUUGUCCUGUAUUUCGAGACCUGGUUAUUGAAAAACCCACAAAUUGUAGCAAUCAAACUUUUACAUUCAAAAUACCCGCGAAAUAUCGAUGGGUCAAAACACAGGGAGAAGACUGGGUGCAAGAGUACAAUUUGGCACUAUUUGGUUGCCCAAUAGAGGUCCAUUACGCACGUCCAUUUCGUCCUACUGUUCUCUUAUAUGAGCGUGAAAAAAUGAUUGGGACUGUUGAGGCAAAUUAUAUCUUGUGGGAGAUGAAUGCCAGGAAUGACUACCAUUAUAACACAACAGUAAAACAGGUACGCUGUUUGAGCAAAGCACAAAAUAUGUCUUCAAUGGUUCCUCAGGAUCUAGAAAGCAUUACUGCAUAUACUAUAGAUCGCUAUUGGGGGAGACAUAAUUACGUGUCCUGUUUUAUGAGUGGUGGUGCUGGACUUCUAGGAACACUAGAUAAUCAAUAUGAACUCAUGAACCAUUCUGGCAUCAACUCUAUCAUUUGGCCUCAGGACUAUGAUGGCAUUUUCUUGUUCAGAUUGAAGAUAAUGGAUCCAAACUACAGCUUUUGUCCUUAUGAAGCUUAUUUUGCAGUUCGGACACAUGGCAUCAUUGAAAGCCUAAACAUGCUUAAGAUUGCCGGUUGGGCUUGUCUGAUAGUUGUUUUCUUUUGGGGAGUCCUUGCCUUCAGCUACUAUCGGUAUGUGAAAUUAUUUCGGGCACUCCAUUUUGUGGACCCAGUGGUGUCAUUUAAUUCAGAGAUUACUUCAAUGGUUUCUUCAAGUGAAGCAAAGAAAUAUGAGUAACCCAGUUACAAAUUAUUACUUGUACUUAUAAACUGCAUAUGAACAUACAAUACUGUAAUGUUUUAAACAAUUGUUGUAAUGUUUUAAACAAAUGUUGUAAUGUUUCAAACUAAGAUUAAUACAAGUAUACUUUUAAACACAAUUUUCUAACAUUCUCUAAAACCCUCAAAAGCUGAUCAUCUUAUAUUUUUCAAAAUCCCAAUCCCAAAUUGGUCCAUUCCUUCUGUGCAAUAAUUUUUUAACAAUAAAAUAAAAUAUUUAUUCAGGAAUGGUUCUGUUAUGUUAACAAUGACCUCUGGAUACUCAAGAACUGAA